UUCCACUCCUCCCGCUCAAACUUCAUUCGUUCGUUCGACGUCGACCCGACCAACCAAACACACCCCGACGGCCACCCGCCUUCUUCUCCUUCUGUCCGACUCUGUCAUCCCACGCGGCCACGGCGUCAGUUUCCGUCGUCGCCGGCCUCGCGAUCCGCGUCGCCGCCCGCCAUGUCGCCCGAGACGUCGCAGUCGCCCUCCGACGGCUCUCCUCCCACGACGACCACGGCCGGCUACGGUCACGGCCACGGGAGCCCCAGCGUCGUCGCCGCCGCCACCCCGCGCCCGGCUAAGCGUGCCCGCACCGACGCCCAGAUGGCCCAGAAGCGCAAGGCCGACCGCCUCAAGCACCGCGUCAACCGCGCCGAGAGCAAGACGCGCCUCGAGAACAUUGAGCGCGACGUCUCCUUCCUGCGCAGCAGCGUCGGCGACUUGCUGUCGCAGCUGCGCAUUGUCCGCCGCGCCGACCCUGCCGCCGUCGCUGCUGCUGGUCGAGGUCCCGCCUCGGUCUCGUCCCGAGCGGAUUCCAUGGGCGACGCCUCUGCUGCUGCUGCUGGUGCUGCCGGUGCUCAGCACGCGGCAGGCAUCUGCUCAUCGUCCGCGUCCACAUCCUCGGGCGUCGACACCGAGCAGGCCCUCUCCAACCCCUGGUUCAAGGCCAUGAUGGACACCCCCGUUAGCGGCGGCUUCCCGCAGUUCCUCAGCACCCAGGCCUCGCCCUCAUCCAUGGGCUCCACGCCACCGCCCCCCGCCGUCGUCGAGUGCCGCUGCGGCGUCGAGCACACGGACCGCACCGACUGCCUCGAGCUCAAGAGCUUCAUGAUCCUCUACCAGGCCCACAUCGCCCUCUCCCAGGAUCCCAACUUUGCCAUCUCCAUCCCCCGGAAUCCCUCCCUCGCCAACCUCAUGCUCCACUCCAUCACCGACAACCCCCUGACCAUGAUCAUGGGCUCGACCCUGCGCCAGUUUGAGGUCCAGAACACCGAGACUAUGUUUGGCCUGUAUUUCUUGUGCUAUCGGCUCUUGCGCUGGCGCCUGUACCCCAACCCAGAGUCCUUCAACGACGUCCCCGACCUGAUUCGCCCCAGCCGCAUCCAAAACUCAAUCCUCCACCCCGUCUCCAUCGACUACAUGCCCUGGCCGCGGCUGCGCGAUUUCCUAUGCCUCAACCAGAACCGCGACUCGCGCCACUCGGUCGACCUCUACAUUCGCUCCAUCCAGCUGCGCUGGCCCGCCGACAAGCAGCUGCUCUGCCGCAGCCCCGUCGGCGACAUCCAGCUCAACCCCGAGUUCGAGUCCAUCAUCAGCGAUAUUCGCUACUGGCACCUCGGCCCGCCCUGGCGCGACGCCUUCCCCUCCUUGCGCAAGUACGUCGAAUGAGCCGUCACUAUCUGGCGCAUGCGCACGUCGCCUGCGCGCUCGCCACAUGCGGCGGCUGCUUGUACUACUUAGACAAGAUGGGGCCCUACCGGUUUGCCUAGCAGGUCCAACAGCAGCUCAAUCAGCGCCUUGGGCAGGAUCUUAAACGUUGCCGGGUCGAGCAGCGUCGACACUGUUGUCUUCUUGGAGCAGCCCCGGCUCGGCACCCGGCCGUCCAUGAUGCCUUUGAGCCACGAAAGCGCCUUGGGCGCGCCAACAAUGGCGCAGCUGCCGUGCUCCGACAUGAGGUCCCUGACAUACUCAAUCGACGCGCCCUCCGCACAGUACUUACUCACCAAAGCGUCCGAGUCCGAUAUGGGGCUGUCUUCGUCCAGCACCGACUUGUACCAGUAAAGGGGGAUGCUUGGCGUCACCUUGCCAAGCGCAUUGUCAUCGAGGAUGCGCACCGCCGUCGGGUCCGUAUAGAUGAGCGACCUGUCGUCAAACAUCUGGAGCACGUCGGCGAAUAGGAAGUUGGCCAUGCUGGCCACGGCGCACUGCUUCGUCGUCUUGUGGAACCGUUCGACGUACUCGGGCUUGAGGUGUUUGUCAACGACGGCUUUGAUCUCCGGGUACUGGAGGGAGAGGCCAAGAAUUCCCGAAGGGAUCAGGCCGGCAAUGGGGCCCUUGUUGACGGUCGUGACGACAGUGGUGAUGUUGGGUACCGUGCCGCCGACGGCAGCACCGGCAAUGCUGAGCUCGGGCGCGUACGUCGGCUGCAGCUCGGCCGCCCAGUUGGUGGGCAAGGAGCCACCUGAGUAUCCCCACAUAGUGACGGUCGGCUUGCGGAUGCCCGUCGUGUCUGCUGAGUUGAUGACGGCGCGAAUGCCGUCUAGGACGGCAUUCCCGCCGAGCACGUUGGCGAGAAACGCGCCCUGUGGCCCCUGAAAGUCGGGCACGAUGACGACCCAGCCCUGCUCGAGGAUGGCCUCUAUGAGCAGCAGCUCGACCUGCGAGACGAGGGUCCCAAGCAGCGGGCCCGUGGCCGACUCGAGCUGGAAGGCGUACGACGGGGCGCAGUCGAUGGACGGCGCGUCCGUGGCGACCUGGUACGACAGUACCUUGGACCUGUCCGCAUUGUGUGGUAUCAGGACGGUGAGGACCGUGGCCGUGGCUUUGCCGAGGUUGUCGGUCGUGCGGUAUAGUAGCUGGUGCGUGGCUUCGAGGUUGACCCGCAACAGCCCGAACGUGGCGAUCGCGUUGGGCGGCUCGCGAUGCCGGAGAAUGGUCCCCGGCGCCGCAGACUCGAUGUCGUCAGGCACGCCGUAGAAGGGGUCCUUGCUGGGCAGCGUCGGCACAGCACGGUCAGCCAGCGGCGCCGGGGCCGCGGCGGCAACGGCCAGCAGUGCCAAGGAGACUGCCGCGCGAGCGAGGACGGCCACCAUGAUAGGAGGGCUAUGUAGGAAGCGGAGACGGAACCUGUUGAAGAAAGUACAGCAGGAAGCACGUCCAGCGAGGGCGAAGGGUAGAGGGACAAAAGACGAGGUGACGAGAAGGGAACUGUCAAAGACCUGACGUAUCCGCCGUGAGGAGAACCAUCACCAUGUCUCAUCCCCCACGCGGACUGCGGGAGGAGCGGAGGCAGGUUUAAAUACUUGAGCCACGCACAUUCUCGAGCCUGUACUUCCGUCUACGACGCCGCAUGAACCGUGCUUAGGAUCACCGACUUUCUUCGGUCCCUUCGUCGUCCUUCAUUUUCCUCCCAUCCCCAGGCUCACUUACACGCCCUUUCCCACCCUCCCCCCCAAACCAGCCUAGCCC